AUGGUGACCUUGGGCUUUGUUGAGACGGAGUCCGCGAAUUUAUUGGAGGUGCUAAUGAUGAAUUAUAGAUCUGCUCUGGAAAUCGUCCUAGGAAAACUACUCUCUCCUACGACGGCCGUAAAAUUGAAGGGUUUCUUUCAAUCGCCUGACUAUGUCUAUGGUUCCAACAAAUCUAUUAGUUUGACUGCACUUUGCUCAGUCCUCUUUGUUCUGUGUUAUGUGGAUGUGCUAAAGAAGGAAUAUGAGAUGGUUUGUCUCUGUUGUAUAAGGAAUGCAAAGGUGAAAAGUAAACAACAUCAAAUGCCUCUGUGUCAGCUCUUGGCCAAUCUCUGCAUUCAAGCCCCUAAAAGCAAUGGUGCUGGCCGACUCACUGAUCUUGCAGUUUUCAAGGUGUCAAGACAAUUGAUCUACUUUAAGCAAAAGUUGGGACUUCAGAUAAUGUGGAAGAAGAAUAAGCAGAAGGGUAAUGAUGCUGAUUUGGCGCAAUAG